AUGAGUGAAACAUCUCAAUCUAAUGCCUUCACUAUCAUCCGUCCAUCUUAUAAGGUGAGUGAGACUACCGACAAAGCUUCCACGAUUCAUUAUGCAAAUAGCCCACAGGGACGAGCUCGCCAGAGCAAUCAAUUUGUGCUAGUUCGGGUGCUGCAAUCUCUCUUGGUUUUUUUGACAUAUCACGCAUAUAGCAUCUUCCUUUUCACAUGCAGUGAUUUCAAGACCAUCGUGAUUCCGAGCACCGUGUUUGGCGUGAGCAACUCUCUCGCGGCCAGCGCAUAUGGGUUGGAAAACAGCCCUCCAGUCUCUCUCGAACUUCUCAUUGAUCGAACCCUCCAAACGUUCUUCUGGGUUAUCCUCGUCUUCAUCCCAUUCUCGAUCGAUAACCAGCGGACUCCCUCGGCGAUCGAAGAAGACACUCUCAACAAGCCAUGGCGCCCCAUGCCCCAGAAACGCCUGACGCCGCGCCAAGCAAGAUGGCUGAUGACCUGCUUCUUUGCUCUCGUGCAGUGCCACGGCAUUUCCGGCCGAGGCCUUGGCCAUCGGCAAUCUACUUCCCUAUUCCUGCUCGGGCUUUGGUACAACAACUUUGGGGGCGCCGACAACCACCCCGUUGUGCGGAACGGCAUCAAUGCCGCGGGUUACAUGUGUUUUAUCUCCGGUGCCCUCGAGAAUGCGCUGGGCCAAAGGCUGGAUUUCCCGCUGCAGAAUCCAAUUGGCCAGACCGAUCUAAAAUUCCGCCUGGAGCAGUGGCUUUUGCUCAUUGCGGGCAUCAUUCUGACUACCGUGCAUUUGCAGGAUCUGUAUGAUCAGCGAGGGGACGCGGUGCGUCAACGGCGCACGAUGCCUUUGGUGAUUGGCGACGGGGCUGCUCGAUGGACCAUUGCCAUUCCAAUGACUGUCUGGGCGUUUGUGUGCCCACUCUUUUGGAAGGUACGAGCUGAGCUGUUUGUCCUCAGCGUGGGGCUCGCCUUUACGGUGGUUGGACGAGUGCUGUUGCGACGCGACGAGAAAAGCGAUCGGAGUACCUUCCGGGUGUGGAACUACUGGAUUGCGACGAUCUACGCCAUGCCUCUAUUUUCUCAGGUACACUGA